AUGGCCAACUACAGCUUCUUCUCUGCUCUGCUGACCUUCUUCAUCACCUCCUCCAAGCUGACUCGCUGGGGAGGAGCACAGAAAAAGAAAAUAGAUGUCGACUACAAGGAAGGGGGUCAGAGAAACUGGAUUCAGGUCUUCUGUAACGGAGGAGUUCCUACAGAAUUGGCACUGCUGUUUAUGAUAGAGGUUGGUCCAGGCGAGAUCCCCAUUGACUUUGGAAAACAGUACUCUGGCUCCUGGAUGUGUCUCUCUCUACUGGGCGCGCUUGCGUGCAGCGCUGCGAUCAGUAAAAACAUUGAUGGCUGGUGUGUCCUGCAACAUUACGAUGCAGUGUGA